GCAGUAAAGCUGUCAAAGAAGAAGCAUGCGCGUGAAUUAACGUUACAUUGUCAUUUAUACGCAGACAGGCUUAAAAGCACUGAUUUUUUUGUCUGAAAUUGUCAUCGUCGUUUACUAAAAUAUGUGACCAAGAAUUUAGCAUUUUCUCGUUUUUUUUGUGUUUUAGGAAACGCGCUGCACAUAUCAUAUAUCCGUGAACUUAACGGGAUCAACAAAGGCUGUCACGUUUCUCAGCGCCUCAUUGUGAAGUCAUCUCUCAGUGACGUUUAUUCAUGUAACGGAUUUUCGAGACCCUUUUAGGAUAUCAUUUCUGUUACUGAGGGGGGAGGCUUGGCAUGAGGGGAGCAGCCUGUACUGACAGGAGGAAGUCUCUCCAACCCAAAUUUGGUUAUUGUAAAUAAUGGUUUCCGGCGCGCACGCGGCCAUUCGAAAUAUGACUGCGCUGCUGGUGCGCGCGCGCGGGAGCCUCAACGUGUUUCGUCGUAUCCCGCGGAGCGCGAAGUUCCGGAGCAUCGCGAAGGAGCUGGCGGUGAGGUUCUCCAGCACUAAAGCCGCGCCGAUCUACCGAGCUAUGGACUAUCAGGAUGCCAUUUGUACCCUGAACACACUACAAACCAAUGCCAGCGCUCUGGAGCAGGUCCGCCGAGAGCGAGCUCACCCCCAAAUCCAACUGCAGGCCAUGAAGAGCUUCCUGCAGCGCUCAGGCCUCACGGUAGAGGAACUCGAUCAUCUCAAUAUCAUACAUGUAACUGGAACAAAGGGAAAGGGAUCAACAUGUGCCUUCACAGAGAAGAUUCUGAGGAGCUACGGUUUCCGCACUGGAUUUUAUAGCUCUCCACACCUUGUGCAGGUCAGAGAGAGGAUCCGCCUAAAUGGCAGCCCUAUUGGAAAAGACCUUUUCACCAAAUACUUUUGGCAGAUUUACAGUCGACUAAACGAAACUAAGGAUGUGCAUGGUGGAAGUAUGCCAGCGUAUUUUCGCUUCCUGACUAUACUUGCCUUCCAUGUUUUCCUGCAGGAAAAGGUGGACGUAGCAAUCAUUGAGGUGGGAAUAGGUGGUGCUUAUGACAGUACCAACAUAAUCAGGCGGCCAUGGGUAUGUGGCAUUUCAUCGUUGGGCAUUGACCACACCAGCAUUCUUGGGGAUACAAUUGAGAAGAUUGCCUGGCAGAAAGGAGGAAUAUUUAAGCCUGGGGUUCCAGCAUUCAUUGCGAAACAACCUGAGGGACCAAUGGCAGUUCUUCAGGAGAGAGCAGAAGAGAUUGGGUGCCCAUUGAAUGUGUGCCCUGAGUUGGCACAGUACCAGAGCUCAGAGGCAGUGAAAUUGGGUCUGGCUGGAAAGCACCAGUACUCCAAUGCCUCACUUGCUUUACAGCUCACACACAACUGGCUCCAAAGGCGCUGCAGUACAGGUCCAGCUGUUACUUCUGGACCUGGUUUUAGUGGACUUCAAACGGCAUCAGUUUUUGAGCCAAGUCCCCACAUGCUGAAAGGUCUGGCUGAGACUGAAUGGCUGGGCCGGACUCAGACCCUAACACAUGGCAGUGUUACUUACUUUCUGGAUGGUGCUCACACCACACGUAGCAUGCAGGCAUGUGUGAACUGGUUCAGUGAAGCGGCUACACAACAUGAGAAAGACGCCAUGGGAUCAGUGGUGCGGGUGCUGCUGUUUAAUGCUACUGGAGAGCGGGAUUGUGGUGCUAUGCUUAAGCUGCUUGAGGGAUGUCAUUUCGAUUUUGCGGUUUUCUGUCCAAACAUCACUGAGGCAAUUGCUGAUUGCAAUGCAGACCAACAGAACUUUAACGUGUCUGUAGAGCACAUGCUUACACGCUGCCUGGACAAUCAGCAGAGCUGGCGCGUUCUCAAUGGUAUUGAGGAAGAAGUUCCAAAGUCUGAGCUUCUAAUUGGGGGUGGUGUCCAUCUGCCUAGAAGAGUAGAGAGGCAAAGUGCCUCAUUGGUUUUCCCCUGCAUCUUAAGUGCUCUUCAGUGGAUCACACAGGGUCGUGAUCCUCUAGUGUCUGAUUCCACAAAGCACAUCAUGCCCGUCAAAGCUAGCAUCAAUGCUAAAGCAGCGCCACUCCGAGAGGCUGCUAAUGUUCAUGUGCUAAUCACAGGUAGCUUGCACUUGGUAGGAGGAGCUCUUAAACAUCUGCUACCUGCCCUGUCAUCCUAACACAAACUUUUGUUUGCAUAAAUGAAUUACUGUAAUAUGAAAAUGUAUGCAGCUAAAUUAAGCUUUAUUUAAGAUUUGAACAACUCACUGAAUAUACCUGCUAAAUAGUAAGCAGGAACCUGAAGCACUUAGAGUUUCACCUGUGCCUUCCUUCUGUAGGGAAUGUACACAGGGCCUGUGUAAAAGCAGAUUUACCCUAGUCUUAAUCCACUUGUCUCUUGAUAUCAGAGUCUUAUAUAUAUUAAUGGGACUGAGGUUAAUCUGUUCAGGAUAUCCAGAUGCUGUAAACCUUAAAAAACACACACACACAUACAUACAUACAUACAUACAUACAUACAUACAUAUAUACAUUUAUAGAAGGAUAGAUACAUAUCUAUAUAUCUGUCUGUCUAUCUGUGUGUGUGUGUGUGUGUGUGUGUGUGUGUGUGUGUGUGUGUGUGUGUGUGUGUGUGUGUGUGUGUAUAUCUGGUUAAUUGCUUGGAUACAUAUAAUGGUUGACUGAAUUCUUUUGACCUGUAAACAUUCUUUAUUGAAUGUGCAAUGUCCCUGAUCAUUCCUCUGUUCCCAAUUUUGUUUGUGUUAAAAAUCUUGGAAUUCGAAACUAACUUGGUACUCACUGCUGUGUAUGCUCUGUAUUAACUUUUAAUUCAUUGCAAUUCGGAGAUGGGCUACAUCUAUAACUGUUCAACAGAUUAUUAAAGCAUUAAUUUAA